AUGAAUAUCGACAAACAAGCAGCGAAUAGUAAUGCUACAACAAUAAAAAGAGACUUUCAAGAAUAUUCAAAGUUAUUCCGAAACAUGACUAUGAGUAUUGUCAUCAGUUACUCCAAUAACAAACCUUUUGAGUUGACGACAUUCAAAAAAGUAAAAUCUGUUGAAUUCAUUCAGAAGUUGGAAAAGAGAAUUUUCCAGAAACUCCGCCUUAAUUAUGUUUGCAGCGUGACAGAAAAUUUCUUGAAUCAGGUGUCGGCAUAA